GGGACUUUUCGUGGGGCGGUGUCUUCCCUCCUCAUCUCCUGUUUUCCCUGCAGCGGAUAAAUUUUCACUUUCGCCAUCCUUUUGAGAGCGGUCUACAAAAGAAGGCGAUUCGGCAUCGAUCUUGAACCUUUACUGCAGCCACGUUGGGCCGGAAACGUCUCUCUUUACAGUAAAGCGCGCAGGGAAAGUGACUCACAGUGUGUGGAUAUCCCUGUGGUCAUAUUGGGGCUUGUUGGUGCUACUGAUAGGUCGGGUGGCAGGCGUCCAGCAGCGUGACAGAGUUUACGGAGCUCCCCACGUGCGUCGCAGUGAAAGACAGAAGAAGACGUGGUUGACUUGUAACAAUGGCAACUGGAGGAGGGACGGGAGGGGCGCAGGUGUGCCCUCUGUGUAACGUCGUUGUGGAAGGCGGGGACCAGCUUCAGCUGCACUACCUCACGAGCUGUGCUGGGUAUGACCUGGGUGGUGCGGGAGUGGGUGGGGACAGCAGGGGAAAGUCCCCCAAGCCCUCGCCGCCCCCGACAACGGUGGUGGCGACAGCAUCGGCUGGUGGUGCGACUCCGGGAGGGACAGCCCCUGGUAAUCAGGUCCUCGUUCAGUUCAUGUGGCAGCCACUCACACAGAUGAGCUACCCAAAAGUCACCCUCCUUACUUCCUUAGGGUCAGGGAGUAUAGACCUAACGAUAGAGCCAGAGGGAGGUCACUACUGCAGUGAGUGGGUCGCAGUCUCCAGCGGCACAUACGAAGGCCAGCUUGUGGUCGGAGACAGUUUCAUCAAUCCCGUCAAGGCAUUCUCCGUUGGCCCCGCGGAGGAGCAGAUUGUGGUUCUUGAGUUUGAAGUUUCGUCUGACAAGGGUUUUGAUACUGGUGCUGGAGGUACUGUAUGUAGUGCAUGUGUAUACUUGUGUUGGUACUAUGAUCGUGUGCAAAGAAAGUGCGUAACUGAAAUAAAAGUUAAAAAGUUAGGGACGUACAUACGUACUAAACUUCGCCGUAAUUUGCAUUCAGUGUAGUGUGUGUGUGUGUGUGUGUGUGUGUGUGUGAGUUUUCAUCAGUGCCACGUAAAGGAUUGGCAAUGAGCAGUAUUUGUAUGACCAACGCGUUAGAUGAAUGGAAGACAUGUGCCUUAUUUUCCAAUAUUUGAGGGACUACAUAAACUUCAUCAGGAACACGUUCGCCCUUUGCUGUUGUCUACAUUACUGUAGCCUAUACAUGGCAUCACAUGGUUUUUUCUACAUGGAUUUCUCUUUCUCUUUCUCCAUAGAAGACAUGUACAUGCAGGAGAACCCCAGCUUCAACCUUCCGUACAGCUACGAGGGAGCCGGAGGAAGCUAUCACGACAGGGACUCCCCUUCACAUCGUCCGAGACGAGGAAAGGUGGGCGUGGCGGCCGGAGGAGACACCGUCAGUAACUUUGACCACAGACAUCACUUCAAGAAUGAACCCAGUUACCUCACUACUCCGCCAGUUUAUGCCCACACCCAGACCACGCCCCCUGGGCCUGGUGACCACACCAACUCUCAUCGGCUCACGGAGGAAGGGUUUGACCCUGUCGUUGUCAAGACAAAAUCUGGAACAACUCCUACAGCAUCGUCAGUGGCGGCUCGUGAUGCAGCCUCUAAUUACGGCACCUCGACCACUGCUAGCACCGUAACGAUAGGGGCAGGGGGUGAGCUGGGGGGAAGAAUAUCGGACAAAGGUCACCGAACAUCCCCUGUGGGUGGAGCUACAGUGAUGACAUCAUCGUCAUUGUCGGCAGCUUCAACUGGAGGGUCGGAGUUCGUAUUCGGUAGUGGAGACAGGGUUAAAUCUAGUCCGCACGUCUCGAGAGAGCACGCGAACCUUGAUUGGAUUGGGGAGGGGGAGAAGGGAGGGGGAGGGGCAUUCGUAACCGGACCACCAAUGACAAGGAAGAGGGAGAGAGUGGGAGGAGAGGGGAGGGAGUUUAGCGUGGACUCGCUCCACAACUGCCGGAGCAGCGAGGACGCGGCCGCGAGGGAGUUGGAGGAGGAGAUGAAGGAACUGAGGGCUCAGCUGGAGGUGGUGGUGAAGGAAAACCAGAGUCUGAAACAGGACAAGGAGAGAGUGUCCGCUCAGUGGGAGGGGAAGGUGCGACGUCUCAGGAAGAAACUUGGGGGAAAAUGUCGGAGGAGAAUCUCUGGAGGACGAACGUCUGGCAGACAGACUGGACGAGGCGAGAUCUGAACUAGACGUCAUGUCUGCCGAGAUCACGUCUCUCACAGCCCAGCUCAAGGAGAGAGAGGAAGAAGUGAGGGUGAAGGAGGAUCAGCUGAAAGAGAUGAAGAACAUGAACGCAGCCCUCGAGAAUCAGCUCACGGAGUACAUGGAUGCUCUGGAGCUCCAGAACCAGAGUGUAAAGCGUUCGGUGGAGUCUAGUCAGAGGACCAGUGCUGAGGUGGCAGAGUAUGAACAACAGAUGGCCCAGACGACAGAGUACAUGCGUAAACAGCAGCUGGAGUACCAGGAAGCCCUGCAGUCUCUCCAGAAGAAGGUGGGGAGGGCAGAGGAGACGGAGAAGGAGAACCUAAAGAUCCACCAGCUGAAUCUCAACCUGGCCGGAGAACUGGAAGACUAUCGUCACCAGACCAAGACCCUCAUGGCCGACCUCCGGGCAAAGGAGGAGGAGAUUGCCUCUCUCAGGGAGACCGUUGGGACCAGGGGGCAGCUCAGCAGUGAUAGGACUCAGCUGGAGCUGGAUUCAAUGCAGCAGAAGUGCGACGCCUGGAAAGAGGAGGUGGAGAAACUAAGUCCUCUUCGAGACCAGCUGGCCAGGGCAACUCAGGACAACUCUCAACUGCACCGGGAGGUGGGCAGACUCCGUCAGGACAACUCUAGGCUGGAGGCAGAGUUAGCUAGAGCCUCCGCAGAUAACACUGGACUGGCUAGACAACUAGAGGAGACGGAAUCAGCACAGGAGGUGGGUGGCGAGCGAGGGACAAGAGGUGAGUUGGACCGGAAGGUGAGCGACUACGACCAGCUCAUGGAGAGAGUCACGGAGCUUCAACAGGUCAGAGUUCAACUGGAGAACGAACUCAGCCCACUGCGGGCAGAGCGAGCCAACAUCCUCAGCGAAAACGCAGCUCUACGAGAGGGGUCUAACCCGGACAAGUACCUCCAGCUGAAGACCAACUACAACAAACUGUCGGAGCAGUGUGUUGCUCUUCAGAAGUACCUGACGGACGAGUCGAAAGAGUGCGAACAAAUGAGACAAAGACUGGCGGAAGAGAAGGCCAUAAACGCGAGGAUGGAGGAGGCAAACCAUGAGCUGCAGGUACAGUUGGAAGCUACAACAGACGAACGAAGUCUACAAGCAAUCCGAGAUCGUGUGGAGCGCUACAGGAACGAACGGGACCAGCUGAAAGUGGCGGUGUCCCAAUAUCAGGAGAGAGACCGGGAACAGCAGGAGACAAUCCACAGUAUCCAGAUGGCUCUGGAAGAAGCAACCGCUCAGAACUCCAACCAAGACUCAACCGGUGUCUGGCAAGAUCAGGUAGCUACUCUCACUCUCCACCUCGAAGAAUCCAAUAAGCGGAUGCUCCGUUAUCGCGAGGAGCGCAACACGGCAAGGAUCAUGCACAAGAGUCUCCAGGAGCAGAUCAACACACUACAAGCCACCGUUGAACAGUUGCAGAACAGUCGGUCUUAUGACACGUACACCAGUGGGCAGCUGGAUACAGCUCUUCUAACACGACUCCAACUGACAGACGAAGGCUCCACUGAGCGGCCCACUACAGGAAGUCCACACGAAGAUGCCUAUUCUCCAGAGGAAUAUUCAGAGCAAACCGCACAGCAAGGAGGAGGAGGAGGAGGGGAGGGAAGGGGAGGGAGAAGGUCUAGCAAGCAAUCUUUUACUAGCACAGCUUCGGGAAGCAGUAGUCACAAGCAUGACCGACUGUCUUCUGCCAGUAACAGAAGCUUCAGUCCCAGUGGUGCUACUGCUGAGCUCUACACGGAGGUGACGAUGAAGGAUGGAGUUACACGGAAUCUCGUCAUCGAGAGACCAAGACACAAACUGAGCUACAAGUCGAAGCCAGAGGUGAUAGUAAAGAGGAAGGGAGGAAAAUACGAGACUGGGGUCCUGGCCUAUGUUGGGGUGCUGGAUGGGAAAGAAAUGGCUGGAGUCAUUCUGGAUUUACCAACUGGAAGCAACGACGGUGCAUUCAAGGAUGGGAGAUACUACUUCAGAUGUACUCCAUGCUGUGGGCUCUACUGUCCAAUGGGCAACAUAUAUGUCGAGGCAAACUCAGCCACCAUUUAAAACAACUUCAAAGAAAUGAUAUUAUUAUACAUAUAGAUAGCUGCAAGCCUUUUGUGUUUUUCUAUUGUUUGUCGUGUAUAGCAAUUUAAAAAGCGCUCUUUUAUGAUGUUGUGUACAGUGUUAAAAGUGCUUUUCUUGUUUUCGUUCUUUUGUAACCAAAAAAUGGUGUAUCAAAAAAUGGUGCAAGA